AUGGCUGGUCGUAGUCUGAGAGUGUUUGAUGCAUUUCCAAAAACUGAGGAACAACAUGAGAAAAAAUCCACUAAAGGUGGUGUAUCCACUAUUCUGAUAUACAUAUUUGCCAUAUUUAUUGCAUGGUCCGAAUUUGGUAGUUAUUUUGGUGGAUUUGUAGGUGAAAGAUAUGUCGUUGACGGGGAUGUGAAAGAGACAGUCUCGAUCAAUAUGGAUUUAUUUGUCAAUAUUCCUUGUAAAUGGAUAACAGUUAACGUAAGAGAUCAAACAAUGGACAGGAAACUUGCUUCUGAAGAAUUGAAUUUUGAAGAAAUGCCAUUUUUUAUUCCUUUUGACGUAAGGAUAAAUGAUAUUGCAGAAAUUAUUACCCCACAGUUGGAUGAGAUUCUAGGUGAAGCAAUCCCAGCUGAAUUCAGGGAAAAACUAGAUACCAGAAUGUAUUAUGACGAAAAUGAUCCUGAAACGUACAAUAAUUUACCAGAUUUUAAUGGGUGCCAUAUCUUCGGUUCCCUACCUGUCAAUCGUGUUGCCGGGGAAUUACAAAUAACAGCAAAAGGAUAUGGCUACGCCGAUCGUGAAAGAACACCUAUGGAUCAGAUAAAGUUUAAUCAUGUUAUUAACGAGUUUUCAUUUGGUGAUUUUUAUCCAUACAUAGAUAAUCCACUUGAUAAAUCGGCAAAAUUCGAUCUCGAAACGCCUAAAACGGCGUACUCAUAUGAUCUGUCUGUGAUUCCUACAACAUUUAGGAAGUUAGGAACAGAGGUAAACACGUUCCAAUAUUCAGUAGCAGAGUAUCACUACAAGGGCAAAGAUUCUCCUGUUCCGCGAUCAGGACGUGUUCCAGGUAUCUUCUUCGAUUAUAACUUUGAAAGUUUAAGCAUAAUCGUCAGUGACUCCCGUCUAAAUUUUAUCCAAUUCAUUAUCAGACUGAUUGCCAUUCUAUCAUUUGCUUUAUAUAUUGCAUCGUGGAUCUUCACAUUGGGUGAUCUUCUGAUUGUAGCUAUUAAAGGUCCCAAAUGGUCAUUACGCUACCAACCUGACGAACAAUCUCGUGGACUUUUGGAAUAA